AUGGCCUCUAUACUACAAGCACCUGUCCUCCACGGUGCCACUAUACAUUCCACAGUUAAUCUCCAUAACGACCUCUGGAUAAACCUUCCAAGUGAGUACAGAGACAGUCCUGAUGAUUCUCUAGAAGCCUUUGAAUUGUGUCUCUCUGUGUGGAGUUUGGUUCUGAGCCAUUGCCCCCCUAAAGAGGUGGGCGAGGUGCGGAGGGUCCUGGGGGCAUCCUUCAUCGAACAGGUGGCUGACCUCAGGGAAGAGGUAUCCACCUUGCUUGAGAUAUGGAGGCAAUACAGAGAGGAGCAGACCACUAACCCAUCCUUACUACACAGACACCUGGCAGAACCACCUGAACUGAGACAAAGACUCAUACAAGAGAUUAUCUUCUUUAUCGAGUAUCUAAAAAAAAAAUCGAAACAUGACCGUGUAGGACAAGACAAAAACGAAAAUAUUUUGCGUUAUGUAGAGAGCGAGGCUGUUAAGAGUGGGAGGAGUAGUUGCUGUGACAGUAGUGAUGCUGGGAGCUGCGUGAGUGUGAGGAGCCGCCCACUCAGUGCUGUCAGCUCACAAGAUGGACGGGAGACACCUCUACGAUCGCUGACCCCGGGAAGCCAUGAUGGAAGCCAAGCAUCUGUGUUAGCUGAGAAAAGCGAGUGUGUGAAUGCAAUGGACAUUGACCUUGUCAUCAGUCAUCUCAGGCAAGCUCUCAAAGAGGAGUGUGCUCAGCAUCAGAGGGACAUUGAGUUCCUACAAAGCUGUCUGGAGGGCGAACAGACACGCACAGUGUACACCCAGCCGACUAUCAAAGAGCUACGAACCUUUGGCACCCAGCUGGAACAUGCUAUGUUAGAGGAAUCUCAAGCUACCCCACGGCCUACCGUCCACCCCCAAAAGACCAAGCUCCCACCAUUACCCACUCUACAACCUAGACCACCCUCUAAGGCUAACUAUAGCAGUCAAGCACUCGUUAGGGCUUCUCAAGUUCGAAAGAAAGACUCUAAAACCAACCCAGCGUUAAUCGAAGAUACUGCUCAAGGAACUUAUCAAUGUCAAAAUGAAAGUGCUUCGAGCACAGCAGAACAAUGUCUAGCAACUGGUUGUGAUAACCAGCUACACACAGAUCAAAAUAUCAUAACCCAUACUGAGGUAUGUGAUCGCGCAUUAUCUCAUUCACACAAGACAAGAAGUUCACAGCCAAGAACAAGAGAUAGUCAAUUAGAACUUCACACAAAGACACUAAGUUUUCACUCAAAUAAUUGUACCUGAUUAUUCAUCUGUAAAUUCACAACGAUGUGAAAACUGGUUAUCCAGCCAUGCAUGCACUCUGGAAUUAUUAUAACAUACCGCAACUUAUAAUGACGGUGGAAAUUUCCUAUUGGUA